UCUUCUAGCGCCUUCUAGCUCCUCCAAAUCCUUCUCCUCAAAUAUAGCCCACUGUCUCAUCCAUUUCACUGCACAGAGAAUCUCUCAAUCGAAGCCACCUUUUUGCAAUCUCAAUGGCGUCCUCUCUCAUUGCAAAGCGCUUCUUCUCCUCUUCUCUCCUCUCCAAGUCUCUCAUUCGUCCCGCCGCUUCAGCCUCUCGCUCUUUCAACACCAACGCCAUGCGCAACUACGACGACCGGAACGACGACGUCGAACGUCGCUCAGAAUUCUCUUCCCCUCGCACUGCGCGUCGUGACGAUAUCUUCUCAGACGUGCUGGAUCCGUUUUUUCCAACUCGGAGUUUGAGCCAGGUUCUGAACAUGAUGGAUCAGUUCAUGGACAAUCCGUUCCUCUCUGCGCCGCGCGGUAUCGGAGCUGGAGCCGGAGCUCGUCGCGGAUGGGACGCGAGAGAGACAGAAGAUGCUCUGCUUCUCCGCGUGGACAUGCCUGGGCUUGGCAAAGAAGACGUGAAGAUCUCCGUGGAGCAGAACACUCUUACUAUCAAAGGUGAAGGUGCCAAAGAAGGCGACGAGGAAGAGAGCGCUCGUCGCUAUACCAGCAGGAUUGACUUGCCGGAUAAGGUUUACAAGGUAGAUCAUAUCAAAGCUGAGAUGAAGAAUGGUGUGCUGAAGGUUGUUUUGCCUAAAAUGAAGGAGGAGGAGAGGAGAGACGUGAUCAAUGUCAGUGUUGAAUAAAAUAUAAUAGGUCAUUUGGUAUUUUUGCAUAGGUUCUGUUUUCUCUUGUUUUCUGGAGGUGGUGAUGGAUGUGUUUACAUCUGUUACUUCAAAUUUUCUCUAUAAUAAAUGGUUGUAGAGUUAUUAUGAA